GGAGGAGGAAACCUCUUUCUAGUUUGGUUACGAUUCAACUCUUGGAGUUUUAACAGAAUGAAGAUCCACUUGUGCAAUUCGGCUUAGGGAAUUGGAAUUCAUGAAAGAUCAAUGUCAUAUGUGAACUGAAUCUUUCUGGUCUGAACACCGUGAUUGCAAUUCGUUGUUGCCAAAUGCGAACUUGUACUAUCUGGGAUUUUAUUUGUUUUUAAACUCUAGCAUUCCGUACUUCCAAGUUGUGAUUCCCUAUUCACUUAUGUAAGCUUAUUGGUAUGUGAUACUUUCGAUACUGUCAGGCAAGCUUCUGUUGCAUUAAAUGUGUGGCAGCCAGACAUUGUUCGGGGGAGGCAAAAACAGAUGGUUCAGCAAUGCAAUGUACCUGUUGACUCUCGCAUCAAUGCGCUUGAGAUGGAUCUUAGACUUUGUGAACAACAAAUUGCGGGAUAUGAUAAUGCCCUCAGAAUUGAAAAACAAAGGCUGGAUGCAGCCAAGGGAAGGCUGGCUUCGGUGAAAUAUCACCCAUUGCAAGAUUUUAGCCUGACAAGCAGCCAGCCAGAUGAGCACAGGAAAAGAAGGAAAAAGUCUAAGCAAUCCUCAGCGCUGAAGAUUUAAGCGGGAUGAAGUGAAAGCAUUUGC